GGCAAUUACCGGCAAAGGAAGCGGAAAAAAGAUCGAAAUACGGAAAAGAAGCGCUGGUUCUCACAGUAGCUAAAUAAAAAUGAGGAAAGGUGGCUAAUAUAAUAAUUGGUGCGAAAGGCACUUCAGAUACUGGAUCUUAAAGCUCUUAAGAGAAUGAUUUAGCCAGUUGGCUGACAAGGCGGCUGCCGGCUUUUCCCAUGCUGAAAGCGGACAAGUUAAUCCAAAGAUGUCGUGGUUCAACCAUGUCACUCCCAGCCCGGACCAGCGGCGCUACGGUGUAAGGGCGGCACCGGCGCAGGCGUCGCCGACGAUGGCAGCGCAAGACCGGGCUGGCUGCGUCGCACCGCCCGGCCUGGAGGGCUUCCCCUCGGCCCCCCGAGGCGCCUGUCCUCCGACCCUUGAGAACCUGACGUGCGGGUCCGGUGCGGGUCAGGUCCGAGAGCCGGAGCCCAUCUCGUACGUGAGUCUCCAGGAGCAGCGGUGCGUGCUGAGCUGGUUCCAGGGCUGGGGCGGCCCUCAGCGGGAGAGGUUCCUGCAGGACCUGGUGGGCAAAGCUGUGCCCGGUAAGGUGUGCACCCUCCUGGACUCUCUCAGUACUCUUCAGGUGAAGGACCGACUACCAAACAUAUUUGAGUGCCAGCUCCGCCUGUGGACCCAGUGGUUCGAGUCUUGGGGAGAAGAAGAGCGGAACCAUUUCCUGCACAUUCUGGAAGAGCGGGACCCCACGUUUGUCGCACACUUUUACGGCUGCGUGGCGGGAACAGCUGGCCGAGACUGAGUCCAUCUUGGAAGGCGGGGACUGCAAGCAACAUGAAUGUGUUUAGCAGAACAGAGAAAUACAACAUGGAACUGUGAGGAGUCACGUUAUUAGUAUUUUAACCAACUUUUUUUUUGUAUCAGUUUUUGCAAACAAUUCUUCAGGGAGCAGUCACAUACACACAACUUGUUUACAAACUUCUAUUUGCUUUAACACAUACUGCAAAAAGCUCCUCCAAACCCAUACUUGAAAUUAUGAAAAAUUGAUGAUGUUGACAUUUAAAAACUUUUUUUUGUAAACUUGCAUAAAUAAACUAAAACCCCCCGGA